AGGAGGACAGCACACAGACACGGAGAGAGACACAGACGGAGCUGAGCUGUUACCAUUGCCAGACUCGUUCUGGUGCGCGUAAAAGACGCCUUUCUGUUUUUACGCACAGCAAAAAAAGGGGAAAAAAAAGAAAAAAGGGGGGAAACGUGCAAAGAUUGAUAUGGAAGUUUCGACAUCAAAUACUUUUUCUGGUUCGUUGACUUUAUUAUUUGUAGGAGAGCGGACUCUCCGCAGACUACAACUGUACACUUAGAAACGAGCGUGACGCUUUCGGAAACUUUCCAACAUUCACUUGCGUUUGGAAUCGUUAACUUAGUCGUGUAAUUAAUUGGGGUUAUCGCGGCCGGUUUAGUGACAUUUUCGCUUCUAAACAGUAAAAUGGAUCCUUUAUUCAGUGCUACCAAUGCGCCAAAUUGGACCAGCAGCUCCAAUGAUACCAAUAACGGGACCAUUUACAGGAACCAGUUUGUGCAGCCGGUCUGGAAAAUCGUCCUCUGGGCCAUUGCCUACAGCUGUAUAGUUAUCGUGUCCGUUGUAGGUAACAUCACAGUCAUCUGGAUUAUUGUGGCGCACAAACGCAUGAGGACUGUCACCAAUUAUUUUCUCCUGAACCUAGCGUUCGCCGAAGCGUCCAUGUCUGCAUUCAACACGGUGAUCAACUUCACCUACGGGAUGCACAACGAGUGGUACUUUGGACUCGACUACUGCCGCUUCCACAACUUCUUUCCGAUCGCGGCUGUGUUUGCCAGCAUCUAUUCAAUGACUGCCAUCGCUCUGGACAGGUACAUGGCCAUCAUCCACCCUCUGCAGCAGCGCAUGUCCUCCACAGAGACCAAGGUGGUGGUGGGUGUGAUCUGGGUUCUGGCUCUGCUCCUGGCUUUUCCUCAGUACUACUAUUCCAACACGGCUGAGGUCCCUGGCCGUGUGGUGUGUUACAUCGACUGGCCAGAAUACACUGUGUUUGACUUCAAAAAGAUGUACUACGUGUGUGUGGUCAUCCUCAUAUAUUCAUUUCCACUGCUGCUGAUGGGUUGUGCUUACCUGGUGGUGGGACUGACACUCUGGGCCAGUGAGAUCCCUGGGGACUCCUCUGACCGCUACAAGGAGCAGCUGACUGCCAAACGCAAGGUGGUGAAGAUGAUGAUUGUGGUGGUAUGUACUUUUGCCAUCUGCUGGCUGCCCUACCAUGUCUACUUCCUGCUGCACCAGUUCUUCCCCGAAAUGUUUGAGGAAACAUACAUCCAGCAGGUCUACCUUGGUAUCAUGUGGUUGGCCAUGAGCUCUACCAUGUACAACCCCAUUAUCUACUGCUGCUUAAAUGACAGGUUUCGAGCUGGUUUUAAACAAGCAUUCCACUGCUGCCCCUGCGUCCCUCAAGGCUCCUAUGAAGGCCUCGAACUCAAGUCCACCCGCUAUCUUCAGACCCAGACAAGUGUUUACAAGGCCAGCAGGAUGGAGACCACCGUGUCUACUAUUCUACAGGUUGGGGACGAUGUAGAGCAGCCCAAGGUGAAAGUUAUAGGAGGCCCAGGGCCUGGCGGGGCUGUGGUUGAGGCCAGACCACACAGCUCCUCCCUGGACCUCACCUCAAAUGGUUCAUCAUCCUGGAGUGUUUCCAAAACAGUAUCAGAGAUGUCGAGUUUCUACUCCAGUAGCAACCUGGAGGAAUAGACUUCAAGUGCAGGCAGCAUUUUGCUGGACAGCAGGAAAAGAAUGUAAGUUGAGCGAUCACGUUGCUGCUUUUGCCUGCAUGUGUUUAUGAAAAGUACAGCAGGAAUAUGUGAGUUUGUCUGCUGGUGAAUGUGAGUUUUUAAUGAACACAUUUCCAUUUCCAUUUUGCUGGAAUGCAAUGCUGGGAAAUAUUGUCCCUGUUCACAGAACUGUAGUUUCACUUAGUUAUCCAAUUCAGAGCUAAUGGUCAGCUGGCAUUCGUAGGAUUUGUCAGGUGCCAGAAUGGCUCGAGCUUCAACAACAAGAGCACAUGUCAGUUUCAAAAAGCUAAACUGAAGCCGACGCUAGCGCCUCCAUUGCUCACAGCUUCUGCAUGUCACCCCAGUCAUCUCAGGUUCACACAUGCUCGAUCACGCAGGCUGUGUGACUUCUCACAGUCUAUUUUAGAGUGAAGCUGUCACACGAUGCCAAUACACUGCUGUAAAAACGGCGGCUUCUCCUUUUAACAGAGGGGUUUUCUCCGAAGAGACAAAGUUUUGAAAAAAGUGAAGGCAACCUGUUUUACACAGGAGUUCUCUAACAGACACUGAAACACAGGCAGAUGUGGGAUUUUAGUUCAAAGGGUCUCCCACAAGGGGAGAUAAAAACUGUAAACAACAAAGGAAAAUCUACUCUGAACUUGCCAGCUCUGUCUCACUAAGCAGGACUUCAUGAGCAGUUCAACAUGCAGAGCAAGCGCCUGUCUGAUUGAAGAAGUGCUCAAAAGAUCCUCUGCAGGUGUUGCUGAAAAGUUCUGGCAAUCAGCAUAAACACCAGCAGUGUAGGACUCCCCCGUCAUCAGGCUACGCAUUCACUUCAGCAGCUGGCAGCACCAUUUCUGAAAAACAGAGGCGCUUCAGAUGCUAAAGAGGCUGCUGUUUCAAGAGAAGGCAAACAUUUAGCUAAAAACCCCACAUGCCCAAUAUGAACCCUUAAAUGAUGUGAGCCCACCAUUAAAUCUGUUCAACACAAUCUGGAAAAGAAAUGAUCGAGUGUUCUGCAGAACCAGUACAUUAUUUUAGUCUGUUUAACAUGCUCCUCCUCCAUCAGAUACAUAACGAUUCAUUGGUGAACUGAAAGACAGGCACUGCUUUCAGAGUGUAAAACAUUUUUUAAAAAACUUUUUUGUAGCUGGCACCAACAUAAAAUGAUCUUUUCAAGCAAUUGUUCACCUUAAAAUCAGAUUUAUUGGGCUUUCAGUUCUGGACAUUCCCUGGGGUAAUCCAGCAAACCACUUUAGUUUCACUUUGUCUGUUAUGGUCUUUUAUUUUCUUGUAUUUCUAUGUUAGCUUUAUCGUUUUCUCCCUACACUGUUUUGGGCUGAAUCUGGUACAUUAUAUGGGUAGGCUCCAUUGUUAAGAUGGGCGAAGUGAACUUUAACUUCCUUUGCAUGAGGUGUCACUGGACAGUUGUUUCAAAUACUGUUUAAGCUGUCAGUCCAAAAUGUAAUCCAGCUACAACAGGACACAAGUUAGUAUCAGGUUUAAAGUUCUUUGCAGACUUUUUGUCCUUGGAUGUGCAGCUUGUUACCUGUGGCUCUUUAAUGUGCAGUGAUGUGCCUUGCUGCUUUUCAUAAUGUCUGAAACAAAACAAAAACACACACACACUAAACAAAACCCAAAAAGACAUAAAAACAAAAUUUUCCUUUUCGAUAAAGCAUAUAGUUAGGGCUCGAUCAGGUACAUUACGUGGGUUUUGCACAUUCAAUCACCUUCUCCACUCACUAUGUGUUUAUACAUCUCUCUGCAUUUAAUUAUUAGUUAUUAUUCAUCUCUGGCUCUCUUUGUCGUGUCUUCCCCCCUGACCUCUAAUAAUCGCGACAGACGGCCACUCUUCCAGGAGACAGAUUCUGCUAGAGGUUUCUUCCUGUUAAAAGGUUUUUCCUUUUUCCUUCCAAAUAAUGGGAAGUGGUCAGGGUUUUCUUUUUUUUCUUUUCUUUUCUUUUGUAUUAUUGUAGGGUCAUUACCUUAUAAUAAAAAGCGCCUUGAGGGAACUGUUGUUGUGAUGUGUCACUAUAUAAAUAAAAUUGAAAUGAAAAGCCCACAGGGACAAACUGUCAUUACCUCCUACAGUAGUAAACACUCAAAUGUCUACAAACAACUGCUGUAAUAACAAAUUGUAGUGAGGUGCAAACCUAUGGUGACACUGUUCUCACAGUAGAAAAACUGUAAAUACUUUUAACAACUGUAAUGAAAUUUUAAGAUGUUUUCUUGCUGCUAUAUCUGUGAAAGAGUUCACACUGCAGGAUAUUUGUAUACAGAUAUUCUGCAGUGUGCUUAACAGCUAAAUUCACAACAAUUUACAUAUUUGCUGGAUGCAGAGCGAACACACAGCCUCAGAUACGCACAUCCACAGCACUGCAGAGCUAUUGCUUAUCAGACAAGAACACACAAAGCAAGAAAGACUGAAUCCAUUUGAAGUAUUUCAGUGAUUUUUUUAAAAACUGAAAGUAAGUAAACCGUUAUUGGCAUUUUUUUUUUUACUUGCUUUGCACUGAGAAUCAAUUCACUGCUAUCACAUACUGAACACAGUAUGCAGCAGCCCUUGGUUAAAUAUAGUUCCAAGAUGGAUAUUGUUUUCAGUGUGUGCACACAACACGUGCACACAUGACAAGAGAGUGAUCACCUGCUGACACCCAUCAAUGAUUUUCGUACAGACGCACAUACCGCUCAUAUGCUCCCCCCUGAUUGUUGGUCUAUUCUCGGCACACAAGGCCUGUUGUUAUAAAUUCCAGUGUCAGCUGACAUGAAAGUGAGAAGCAGUUGUGAAGCAACAUAACUACAUUAGAUUCAAUAAAUUCUAUCGCAAUUUCAGUGCAUUGUCUUGUUGACAGUGAACCAUACAGCAUUUAACAUGGACACUGUGCACGAAUAACAGAAGGUCACAUUCAGUGCGGGGAGGGAAAAUGAAAGGCAAAUACCAGACGUGUCAUCACCCGAGUUAACAUUCCAAUGUUUCACCGUGGCAAUGCAGCUAGUAAUAAACGCAACAUAGCUAGACAGGUGCAUCGGUUGAGUGAUAAGACCAUCAGAAUAAUAGCUUUGAGAUUUCAUAUACACAUACCGGACAGCCAUGUUGAGUGACAGUCUAGUAAAUCUACUCAAAAGAAAGAAAAUUCAAAGAAGGAUAGCUUUCCAUUAAAUUAUCGUGCUUGUCCAGCCACUGGUGAGGUACUCACAUUCACACCGACACGCCAUUUAGAAUCACCAGUUACCCUAACAAGGAUAAAUUUAGACUGUGGUGGUGGUGAUGGGGUUCAACACAGGUGCAGGAUGUAUUAUUCUUAUUUUAUAAAAGUACAAUGGCAGGUGCUGUUGUACCAUUCAAAGAUGGUGCAAUAAUACAACCGACCGCCAGCACUGACAGCAGAUAUGUAACCAAGCAACAGAAACCAGGUGUGACCAUAUUCUGCACUGAAUAGGAGGGUUAGGACGGAAGAAACCCAGGCUGCGGCCGCUAGCACUGCUAGGGUUAGCCAAACUAAUCUGAGCCUGUGUGUGCUCAAGUCAAGUCAAAGUACAUUUCAGUGACAUUUGAAACACGAUUUCACAUUGUUCCUAAAAUACAGACAAAAUAUUUGUUUGGCCAAUUAUUAACUUCCUAGAUUUAAAAUGUGCCCAGUUUCCUGUAUUUUAGACUAGGCAUCAUUUCUCUCAUUUAAAUAACUGUUUAUUUAGUUGCUAGGAACAUUUCUACUGCUAACUGCUUCAUCGUGCUGCCCAAAGAUGGAUCAUCUCUAAUACGUGAAAGAAUUCAUUAUAAAACUUAUACAUUUACAUGUCAUUGUUACUCACAGCUUGCCAUAUACAGUGGCUUGCAAAAGUAUUCGGCCCCCUCGAACUUUUCCACAUUU